AUGGUUCAUACAUGUGAUAGAUGUAAUAAAUCAUUCAAAAAGUUAUGGAUGCUUACUCGCCAUCUUCAGAAUAGAAAAUUUCCAUGUCGACCUCAAAUUAUUCCUAUUACAAAUCCAAUUCCAAUUUUACAAAUCGAACCAGAAGCUGAUAAUUCUUUGGAUCAAGUCUCUAACUCUUCUGACCUAACUAUUCAAUCAAAUAGAGAAAACAUAGAAGCCUCUAUCUCUUCUACUUCUCAGAACGACAUAGAUGAAUAUUUAUCUCAAGAAGAAUUUGAAUGA